UGUGGAGCUGACACACAGAGACUUGCGUCGCAAUGCCAUGUUUGUGCAUGUGUUCCUACGACCGAGAAGGAUACAGGGAGCCUGCCUGCCUUGCUGUGACUUAGCUGAUGUUUUCUUGUUUCUGUUUCAGCAUUCAGGAUAAUCCCUUCGGCACGACAGCUUUAGCAGAGUGUGAAGGGGAUUCAGACUCUGUGCAUGAAGAUCAAGCAGACAGUUCCAGCCCCAGAGAUGACGAUAACAAAGAAAAUUAUCCGGACAACGCCGCUGUCGUAGAGGAAAGGCAGCUGCCUUUGCAAGCCGCUCAGCAGCACAAGCAGCAGGCGGUGAUCGACCACGCUCUGAAGCCUGAAAUGGGCAACUUGAAGCUAAGAAAACCUAAGCCCAUUGCAAAGCUAGAGAAUGGAAAGAGCCAUGAGGAAAAUCAGGAGCUGGAAAGUGCAUUGCCAGGCCUCUCGGAGUGUCAGGGGAAGGCUGGAUCCUCAGCUAAUGACUGUGCACAGAACACGGCUUUAAGAUGCCAGGAAGCAGUUGUGAGAUUUCAACCGAGAAUAGAUGAGAACACAUGCAUUUCACCAAAAGAAGCAACUGAGCAACUUAACAGCUUAAAUGAGAAUUCUUUGUUGAAGCUACAAGCCCUUGAAACCGAUCUGUGCUCUGCUUUUCUGCCAACCCAGGAAGAAACUCCUCAGCUGUCGGCACCCAAGGAUCCAGCCCCUUCCUCAGUCCAAGCCUGCGUGCAAGCCGAUGGGGCCAGCUGUGGAGAACAAUAUCACUUCAUUUCUCCUAUUGUUGAUUUUAAUUUAACGCAUCAGCAGAGAGAUAGCGAAGAGCCUGUGCCAGCCCAGAGAGACGGGCAGAAUGACACGGACAACAGCCCACAAGAACAUCACUCCCUAGGGACCAGUCGACUGCUGUAUCACAUUACAGAUGGAGACAAUCCUCUUUUGUCACCACGCUGCUCUAUCUUCAGCCAAAGCCAGAGAUUUAAUUUAGACACAGAGUCUGCCCCUUCUCCACCAAGUGCUCAACCCUUCAUGAUGCCAAGAAGUUCUUCUAGAUGUAACUGUGAAGAGUGCAAAGAACCACAAACAGUAGCACAACUUACCAAGCAUCUUCAGAGUCUUAAGAGAAAAAUUAGGAAGUAUGAAGAAAAGUUUGAGCAAGAAAAAAAAUAUCUGCCUUCUCAUGGUGACAAGACUUCCAAUCCCGAAGUUCUGAAAUGGAUGAAUGAUUUGGCCAAAGGUCGUAAGCAGCUCAAAGAGCUGAAACUCCGAAUGUCGGAAGAGCAAAACUGUACCUCUAGAGCACCCCAAAGAAAUGAUCAUCGUGAAAGCAGUGGGACCCCUAAAGAGGCUGGGACACAGGAGGCCACAAGCAUGGAACCAGCACCCUCAGUAGAGGAAACCAUGGACAGUGUGUUGAGACGAUUAAAGGAGAAAAGACAACACUUCAACCUUCCUGAGACUAUUAAGGAUAUGACAAAAAAGCAAAUGGCUUUGGAAAAAAUCAAUCUUCAGAAAUGUCUACUAUAUUUUGAGAUUAUUCAUGGACAACCUGUAACUAAGCAAGAAAAGAGUCUCAUGAAACCUCUUUACGACAGAUACAGAAUUCUCAAGAAACUUCUUGCAACUCCAUCUCUGAUCACAACAAUUCAGGAGGAGGAAGACUCAGAUGAAGACCAUUCUCAGAGCAGCCAUGAGUUAUCAUCCGGCCCAAUUUCUUGCCUCCCCGUCGAUGAGCACCUGUGUUACUCUCAGGCAGAGAGCGAGCCUGCACAUGUUUCACCUCUGGAUGAAAAGAAAGUUUUCAGGCAAACAGCCUUGUCAAUGUCCAAUUUACAUGAGGCAACAAUGCCCGUUCUGCUUGAACAUCUCAGAGAAACAAGAGCAGAUAAGAAAAGGCUUCGCAAAGCGCUGAGGGAGUUUGAGGAACAAUUCUAUAAACAGACGGGAAGGAGUCCUCAAAAAGAAGAUCGGGUGCCAAUGGCCGAGGAAUACUCCGAAUACAAGCACACUAAAGCCAAAAUCAGGCUCUUGGAGGUUCUCAUCAGUAAGCAUGACAUUUCCAAAACAAUCUGAAGUGAAUGGAAUGCCAUGAUAUUGUGUGCUAGGAAAAAAAAAAAAAACAACAAAAAAAAAACCCAAACAAGCAAACAAACAAGUAAUGAAAAAGAGGAAGUAGUUUUACAGAUCUUGGUCUGCCGCACAAUUAUUUGACACACUGAGAUUUCUGAUGCACUUUACCAAUUAUACUAGCUGGGAUGAGCGAGGACAGCAAUAUGCAAGCAUAUUAAGCAUGGGUGAGUGGACUAUAGUAUAUAUUUUUUUUCCUUUUGAAAAAGCCUUGAAGUAAGUUAAGUGCACUGUGAGAAUGUUAGGAAAUAAAAAGACACUGAAGUAGAUGCUCAGUCUAACCUACUGUUAAGUUUUAAAAAGCGUGAGGAAAUGCUCUCCAGGUUUCCAGUACAUCUUCGUACAUGAUGUAACGUACCACACAUUUCUUUCCAGAAUUAACAUGCACUACGAUUAACUAUUAAUGUCAGUUCUCAAUGUGCUGAUUUACUCGAUUAAAAAAAGCCCAUGAUCUUAAAACAAAGGGAGGAAAAAACUCAUGGACAUACUCUUAUCUUUCAAGACAAGAGUUGCCAUUCAAUUCCAGUAGCUUCAAAGAAAGGUGCAGGCAAAGAACCAGUGCCAGGAUCUGGUCUAAAAUUCUGGGAAUAGAGCAAAGUGAUGCUGCCUAUGCAAAAAAAAAAAAAAAAAGGACAGAACAUGACUGCCAAAUGGAACUACUUGGUUUUUUUUUGGGAGUAAGAGAAAAUGUUUGGCAAAGUGAAAUAGAUACAGUUUGCUGGGAAAAAGAUAAAAUAAAUACACUGGCUGCUGUCCUUUUCUCUAUGGUUCACAGGACCUGGCUCACGGUACGUAAGAAUUCAGUAAAUAGAUCAACUACAUGCUGAUUUUAAUUUCUGUAUUAAACUUUGCACUUUAUUUUGCCUGAUGCUAUAACAGUUGCUUUUCUAACAACCAAAGCUCGUUUAGACGCAUGCACUUUGUAAAAUGUCAGAGUAUUUCUUGUGUUAUAAAUUUCCACAUAUAUAUAUUAAACCAAUACUCGAUUAUUGCAUUAUGCUGAGAUAUUUUGGAUAGAUGAAGUACAUGGUAUAUAAUUGAGUGUCACAGUUAUCUGAUGAGGAACGCAAGACUAAUUGUUUACUAAAAAUAAGAUUAUAAAAAAGUUAUUUUUCCAUUGGAAUUAUGCAUCUUUCUUAACUUUCAGAGCACCACACUUUGUAAUAUUAAGGAGAAUUUUUCUCACUAUUUAUGAUGGGCCAUUUGUGUGAAAAGUGGACUGUUAACAGAAGGAUUAUCAGUGGGUUUUGUAUUAGAAAUUAAAUGCAGGGACUCUGGGAAAUACCUAGACAUAAAGGAAGGA